ACAUGUAAAUCGUGUGGCCUCCCUCCCCGGGACUGCGUGGACCUGAGGAAUGCUGGACAGAGGAAGAACGGGGUCUAUCUAAUCUACCCCCAGGGCACGGAGAUGUCCUUCCCGGUGUACUGUGACAUGACCACGGACGGGGGAGGCUGGUUGGUUUUCCAGAGGCGUAUAGACGGAACGGAAGAUUUCAACAGAAACUGGACGGCUUACGAGAAUGGAUUCGGCAAUCGCGAGAAGGAAUUCUGGCUUGGUAAUUACAAACUUUACAUGCUGACGUCACAGGGCAAGUACCAUCUGCGCGUGGAUUUAGAAGACUUCGAGUUUAACAAAGCAUUUGCGAAGUACAGUCAGUUUUCUGUGGCCGGGCCGAUGGACGACUACAGACUGACGUUGUCUGGUUUCACCGGAAGCAAGAUUCCCCUCGUCAGGGACACCUUCGCUCCUAUUCACAGUAACCACACGUUUUCCACGAAGGACUAUGGUGAUAAAAUCAUUUGCGCAAACUCGUACAAUGGGGGCUGGUGGUUCAACCAUUGUCACGCCGUCCAUCUGAAUGGGGUGUACCGCUUACAGAACAUUGAGAACGCCGCCUUCGCCAACGGCAUCAUCUGGAGCGGCUGGAAGGGCAACGGCUACUCCCUCAAGUUUUCUGAGAUGAAGUUCAGACCUGUCAAGUAA